AUGAUGAUGCGCUACAUGUUGUGUGUUAUAGUUCUUGCAUUGUGUUGUACUUGCAGUUUCGUGUUGGCUACUAAUCCUCAAGUUGGAGUUAGUGAACCUCAACCUGAAGGUGGUGUUCCUCGUGCAACUGAAGCAGCUGCUCUUGGAGGUGCUGGAGAGGGUGGGGGAGGAAGUGGAAGUGCUGGUUCUACUGGACGACCUGUUUCUUCUUAUAGUGAUGAUGCGGAAGCUAAAAUGGAACAAGGUCCCGUUGGUCCUCAGAACACAUUACAAACUCAACUACCAGAAGGGAAUACUCAGUCUCCUCGUCAACCUGACACUUCACCACAACCUGGUACAAGAGAUAGAAACGAUGCUGCUCAUUCUUCAUCAGAAAAUCAGAACGGUGAACCUAAAGGUGGAGGCACGGCGGAUUCGCAGGCUAACGACAACGUGGCCGAGAGGCAGGAAUCGGGAAAUAAUGGUGGACCCAAUUCUGGCACUGAAGAGAAUAUUAUUGGCUCUCUCACUGCAAAGGAACCUACUCCCAUUAGUGAGGAGCAGAAGUCUGAAAAUCCGCCAAGUUCCCCCAACGAGGUUGGUACGCAAGGUACUAAUGAUGCAGGUAACAGUAAUGCUGUACAGUCUCAAGGAAGUACAGACACACAAUCUGAACCUGAGAAUGGCACUACACCGAAUAACGACGAAUUAACCACCACCACCACCACCACCACAACAACAACAACAACAACAACAACAACAACAACACUUCCUCCUGAAUCCACAAGCAACAAGAAGGGUGAUGCAGACAGCAGCAGCAGUAUCAGCAGUUCUGUGUGGGUGCGUGUACCACUACUGAUUGUGGUUACACUGGCCUGUAUUCUUGUGUGCUGA